UUUCAUUCCUUAGUGCUAGUUUGACAAUGCGGCACUCAGCGCGCCUGCGCCAGAUUACAGGAAGUAACAUUCUCUUGUAGCAGCCACUGAUAGCUCUACUGUCAACAGAAAGGGCUUGAACACCUGCUGCCGCUCUAACAAGAAAAAAAACAGGAGAGAACAGAAGUCAAGCCAGCCCAGCAGCAACUUCCGCUUAAGUCACUGGUAGAGCACCGCUCCAGGGAGAAGGCCCAGCCUCCUGCACAGGUCGGGAUGAGCUCCAGAGGGAGCGGUGGCCGAUCCAACGGCACGCUACCGCAGACCAAGAUCUGCCAGUUCAAACUGGUGCUGCUGGGUGACAUGGCUGUGGGCAAGUCCAGCCUGGUACUCCGCUUCGUCAAGGGACAGUUUGAUGAGUUCCAGGAGACGACUAUAGGAGCUGCGUUCUUGGCUCAGUCAGUGUGUCUAGAUGACACCACAGUGAAGUUUGAAAUCUGGGAUACUGCAGGACAGGAGCGAUACCACAGCCUGGCUCCCAUGUACUACCGUGGAGCUCAGGCUGCCAUUGUUGUUUUUGAUAUCACUAAGCCGGAGACCUUUGAGAGAGCUAAAGCCUGGGUGAAGGAGCUGCAGAGGCAGGCCAGCCCUAACAUUGUUAUUGCUCUGGCUGGAAACAAAGCCGACUUGGCUGAGAAGAGACUGGUAGAAAAUGAGGAAGCCCAGACAUAUGCUGAGGACACCGGCUUGCUGUUCAUGGAGACAUCUGCCAAGACAGCCAUGAACGUCAAUGAGCUUUUCUUGGCUAUCGCAAAAAAGAUGCCAAAAACAGACACCCAGAACCCAACACAUGCAGCGCGACAUCGGGGAGUGAACCUCCAGGAUCCAGACGCCCACUCCACCCGAGCAUGUUGUGGUGGGAACUAACCCUCCAGAACCACCCCACUGUGCAUCCCCCCCCCCUCCCCCCCCUCCCCACCACAACCCCGAAAUCAUCACGUCGCAUUGAAGCAAUGUGCAGGGGUGAGCCUGAUGUUGGGAAACCUGGUGUCCACUCACCUCUGAACGCUGCGUCCAUCCUCCUGUCCUAGCAGACAGAAACUAAAAGGGAUGGAUAAGACAGAAGAAUGAUGCCAGAUACCUGUGUCUGGGGAAUACUGAGAUUGAGGAGUGCAAAGUUAAAAAAUAUGGAAGGAAGUGGCAAGCCUUUUGUAGUAUUAAGCACUAAUUGUGAAAUUUCUGUUUCUCCCUGCCUUGCAUCAGUUUACCCCCAGUCCUGUUGCAUAAAAAAGCCCAAAGUGAACAGCACAUGCUUGUGAUUGGACAAAAAGGAGAAAACCAACAGAAAGGGAGCUUUCUUUUUUAUGGAGUUUGCUUUUGCCUCAUUAUGAACUGAUCAAACUCUGCUGUGAAUACUGCCCCAUACCACUGUCCUGGAAUGACCUGUCCUUCUGUCAUGCGUGAACUUCGCAAACCUCCCAAAAAAAUAUCCAUGGCAAAGUUUCUCAAAUGUGUCAGCUUGGUCAAAUUUCUGUUGUGAUGGUUUAGACUUCAUUGCCUUCCGGCUGUAAUAUUCCAGCCUGUCUAAAUCAUAUCCUGUAGUCUAGACCCAAACUUAAAAUUUACUACAUGAGGCAAACAUGCAAGCUCACUCAGAGCUAAACCUGUUUGUAUCUGGCAUAUUUAUGAUGCAUUGUUGAAAACUCCCUGCAGUGUAGUGCUUGAGUAAUGAUAAAGAAAGGCAAACCUUACCACAACACUAUGACGUUGAUGUGGAUGGUAUGUUGGGCACUAAACAUCAAGCUGGAAAUCUUUAAAUGUCUGCAGCAGGAGACCCAAAGAGUUAAGAUUUGCAUCAAAUACCAGACUCCUGCUGUGAGUAGACCUCUUGGUAAAGGGCUGCUUGAGUAAUGGAGAGGAUUUGAUUGCAGAUAAUAGCAUGGUGUGUCUGCUUCUGUGCAUGUGAAAAUUCUGAUCUGGGGUUUGUUUGAUUAUGUGUAAGAUGGCAGAAAAGAUCUAAAAUAAACCUCAAAAUUAACCAUGUUGCUCUGUAAGAUCUUCUCUGGCCAUCUUCUGAUAAGUGUCCCUCCUUUGUUAUUCGUCACGGUGAUUUUAGAUGGUUUUAUGAAUUAACUUAUUUACAGAAGGGUGCUGUUGAAAUGACUUAAGUGUGCUUGGUAGCGAUCGGGCCUGGCUGAAGAAAACAGGAAAACAAUUGGUGGAACACAAGAACAGAAGUGCCUACUCCCAGUUUUCUUUUUCCUUGUGUGACUUGUAGACUGUGCAGGAAAAGCACUUCCCUGACACUGGCUUGUAUUUAAAACAACAUGGCGCAUUGUUGUUAAGCUACACUGUAAUGGUUAUUUGAAUGGGUGUAAAAAGAUCUUGUCAAGACACUGUAUGUCAUAUGUUGUCCUUAUUUUAAUGAAAGUGUGUGUUGAUUUUGGCAGAUCACACUUGUAAACCUGAAAUGGAUUGUUCAAAGGACACUAAUCAGUGUUAUAAAUCUGUUUGAUUUAAACCAA